GGUAUAUUUUAAAUAUAAACACUAUGACCAUUGUUUUUGGAGAUGAAACAAGUCAUUGGGUUAAGUUGAAAAAGUAACGGCUUUCAUGUGCUCUAUCAUCAUUCAAUUCCACUCUAAUUUUCUUUUCUUUGCUUCAAAGUGCAUUCAUCUCCCCCCACGAACUUCUCCUGUUCUCCCACCACCACUUAUAUUUACAGUUGAACUUGGAGCCUAUUAUAUAUCAUCCCAUUCCCAUUUACUUAAUUCAAACCAUCAAUUCUGCUAUGGACUUCCCCAGAAAUCCCAAACCUAACCAUAUAAUUGGGAGACUCGGUGAACUGGUGACUUUAUUGGUUCUGGUGAGCUGUUCAAAUGGGGUUUGUGGGCACAGAGGGGUUCACGGGUCGCACAGGUUCAAGUACUCUGCCACAACCAGCUGUAGGUCCCACACGGCGGCGCUGACGGACUUCGGUGGAGUUGGCGACGGAGUCACGCUGAACACCGCCGCUUUCCGGGCGGCUGUCGACCACCUCGCCGGAUUCGGGCCGGAGGCUGGUGGGUCUUUGCUGUAUGUGCCUCCGGGGAGGUGGCUCACCGGCAGCUUCAAUCUCACCAGCCAUUUCACCCUGUUUCUUGACCAGAACGCCGUCAUUCUUGCUUCUCAGGACGAGAACGAUUAUCCCGUGAUCGAACCGUUGCCAUCCUAUGGACGAGGAAGGGACACCGCCGCAGGACGUUUCAUCAGUCUCAUCUUUGGAACCAACCUCACCGAUGUCGUCAUUACCGGAAACAAUGGAACCAUUGAUGGGCAGGGGGAAAUGUGGUGGGACAAAUUUCACAAAGGGGAGCUGAAGUAUACCAGACCAUACCUCAUUGAGAUAAUGUACUCUAACAAUGUCCAAAUAUCCAGCCUCACACUCGUGGAUUCUCCGUCCUGGAACGUUCAUCCCGUGUACAGUAGUGAUAUUAUUAUCCAAUGGAUCACCAUUCUUGCUCCUACAAGAUCUCCAAAUACAGAUGGAAUCAACCCAGAUUCUUGUACCAACACGAGGAUUCAAGACUGUUACAUUGUCUCCGGAGACGAUUGCAUUGCGGUAAAGAGCGGGUGGGACGAGUAUGGGAUUUCGUACGCGAUGCCAACCAAACAGCUCCUUAUCCGGCGGGUGACUUGCGUUUCCCCGACCAGCGCCGCGAUCGCGUUGGGCAGCGAGAUGUCGGGCGGGAUCGAGGAUGUUCGGGCAGAGGACAUCGUGGCGAUCGAUACAGAAUCUGCGGUUAGGAUCAAGACGGCGGUCGGGCGGGGGGCAUACGUGAAGGGCAUUUACGUCAGACGGGUGACCAUGAGGACGAUGAAGUACGUGUUCUGGAUGACGGGCGACUACGGGUCCCACCCGGAUGAUAACUACGACCCGAACGCCCUCCCGGUGAUCGACAACAUAAACUACCGAGACAUGGUGGCGGAGAAUGUGACAAUGGCGGCUCGGCUGGAGGGGAUCUCGGGGGACCCGUUCACGGGAAUCUGCAUAUCCAACGUGACCAUCGGAUUGGCAGACAAUGCAAAGAAGGUUCAGUGGAAUUGCACAAACAUUUCUGGGAUUUCCAGUGGUGUGGUUCCUCAGGCCUGUGGCCUUUUGCCAGACAUGGGACAAGAACAGAUGUCAGCUUGUGAUUUUCCAACCCAAUGCUUACCUAUUGAGAAUGUUAAACUUAAGAUGUGUGGGUACAGAAGGAAAACAGUGCUGUACUAAGAUCAAGAUGCCAUGUAGUAAAAGAUAUCUGAUAUU